GGGAGGGGCGGGGCCCCGCCCCCCGGAUCUACAAGCCCUGCUUUGUGUGUCAGGACAAGUCCUCGGGAUACCACUACGGGGUCAGCGCCUGCGAGGGCUGCAAGGGGUUUUUCCGGAGGAGCAUUCAGAAGAACAUGGUGUACACCUGCCAUCGAGAGAAGAACUGCAUCAUCAACAAGGUGACACGCAACCGCUGCCAGUACUGCCGGCUGCAGAAGUGCCUGGAAGUCGGGAUGUCCAAAGAGUCGGUGAGGAACGACCGCAACAAGAAAAAGAAGGAGGAGAAGAAGCAGGAGUGCACAGAGAGCUACACGCUGAGCCCCGAGACCGAGCUCAUGAUUGAGAAGGUCCGCAAGGCCCACCAAGAAACCUUCCCCUCCCUCUCCAACUUGGGCAAAUACACUACAAAUAACAGUGCAGACGAGCGUGUGUCCCUCGAUGUUGACCUGUGGGAUAAGUUCAGUGAGCUCUCCACCAAGUGCAUCAUCAAAACCGUCGAAUUCGCCAAACAGCUGCCGGGCUUCACCACACUAACCAUCGCCGACCAAAUCACCCUUCUCAAAGCAGCCUGCCUCGACAUCCUGAUCUUGAGGAUCUGCACACGCUACACCCCUGAUCAGGACACCAUGACGUUCUCGGACGGGCUGACUCUGAACCGCACGCAGAUGCACAACGCCGGCUUUGGCCCGCUCACUGACCUCGUCUUCGCCUUCGCCAACCAGCUGCUGCCGCUCGAGAUGGACGACGCAGAGACAGGGCUACUCAGCGCCAUCUGCCUGCUGUGUGGAGACCGGCAGGACCUGGAGCAGUCUGACAAGGUGGAUAUUCUGCAGGAGCCGCUGCUGGAGGCUCUGAAGAUCUAUGUGAGGAAGAGGCGGCCGCACAAGCCACACAUGUUCCCCAAGAUGCUGAUGAAGAUCACAGACCUGCGCAGCAUCAGCGCCAAGGGUGCGGAGCGUGUGAUCACUCUGAAGAUGGAGAUCCCGGGUUCAAUGCCCCCGCUCAUUCAGGAGAUGCUGGAGAACUCGGAGGGGGUUGACCCGCUGGGAAACCCGCAGACCAGAGGAAAGGGAGCCCCAGCAGGCAGCUGCAGCCCCAGCCUGUCCCCCAGUUCGGUCCAAAGCAGCCCCUCCACACACUCCCCCUAGCACCCCCACCCCGAGACCAGCGAGCCCUCACACCUCACUCCCCCACCGUCUCCUCACAAGCACCACCCCUCACAGACUGCCAGAUACACAGGGGCACACAGUGACCCUCACUCACUCGCACAGGACAGUGGGCUGCCAGGGGCUGUUAGUGUGACCUAGGCAAUACCACAGUGUUUGAAACACACAGCCAACCAAGAAGAAGGAGGAGGAAGAAAGAAUAUUAUGUGUUCAUUGCUGGAUUUCUACCUGUAUCAGAUUCUGAAAUUCUAGAUAAAAUUGUUCUUUUAAGGGGCAGAAAGACACUCGGACAGACAAACAAAGAGGGACAGUUGGAAAUGGCUUCUUACUAUUUCUCUCUCGCUCUUGUUCUCUCUCUCGCUCGCUCUUUCUCGUGAGAUUUUAUACCACAGAGGAAGAAACAGGAAACAGAGGAAACAAAAAGCUUCCAUGGGGAAAAAGACACAAAAAAAAAAACCGAGACGAGAUUGGAGCUGUUAAAAUGGGAAAACGAGAGAGAAGCAUUUUUAUUUCAUUUUCAGAAAAACGUUUCAUCGUUUGUUUUAUCUUUUUUUUGUGUGUUUUUUUUGGGGG